GUCUCGUGGAAGUGAACGAAGGCUGAGAAGUCUCACAGCUCAGACAGCUGUUUCAACAUGUAUGUUUUAAAAAGAGAUUAUCUUUUAAACGCAGGUCAAGAUGAAGAGUCUGGUCGGGUAUUGCUCGCUCAUGUCGAUGUUUCUUUUGGGCUGCAGUGGACAGGCUGAGGUAAUACAAACUACAUGUCUAACCUCAGGCACAGACUGCACACAGAUUAAGGUUCUCUUACCACAAGCAUCCAGUGGGGUUUAUUGGAUCCAGCCUUGUAAAGCCAAGCCCCCGUUCAAGGUGUUCUGUGAAAUGCGGCAAGAUGGCGGCUGGACGGUGCUUCAGCGGCGCAGUGGAGGAGCGGUUUCCUUCGACAGGAAAUGGGCAGCAUAUAAAAUGGGUUUUGGAAACUACUCUGAGGACUACUGGCUGGGUCUGAAGAUGGUUUCCUCUCUGACCAAGACCAAGACGUGGACCCUGAGGGUCGAUCUGUGGGACCACAACGAUGCCACUGCUUUCGCCGAGUACAAAAACUUCAGGUUGGGUGGUGAUAGAGAAGCUUUCAAACUGCAUGUCGGGGAAUACAGAGGAGAUGCAGGUGAUGCCAUCCGUGGUGCCUAUUCAGGCAUUGACCAGAACGGCUUCGGCUUCAGCACCACCGACCGAGACAACGACGGCUGCCAUCCGUGCAUCUUUGGUGACAUUUCUCAAAGGGCUUGUACCUUUUCAGACACAGGCGGUUGGUGGUACAGCAGCUGUGGCUCUGCCAGCCUGAACGGAGAAUGGCAUCCUGAUGGUGACCACAUUGGGUGGGCGUCAGGCCUCCACUGGAGAACCUGGAAAGGUCAUGCGUCGUACUCCAUGAAGGCCACCAGAAUGAUGAUCAAGUCUGUGUGA